UGACUAACAUGAAUAGCUUUUCAAAUCGAAUGAUUAAGAAUCUAAUACUUAGACGGUCGUGUAUAGAUUUUUCUUCAUGUGAAUUCUCUAGGAGAUAUUAAUGCUUAUUACAGCCCAAUAAUGGUUAUCCGUACGGCUGUCUCGGUUCCCUUUAGAUUCCUCAAAAGAUUAGAAAAACACUUCAUCUCAUCACCAUAUGAAUGAAUCACCGCUGAAAAUGUAAUGUAAUGAAAUGAACUCUGUGGUGUUGCUUGAAUCCUUCUAAUUCCUAUCCUUAUCGCCAAAACCGGCAAACAUCGUUCGAUGCCCCACCCGUUGCUAUCUUUGUGUCUUAUGUUUCGUCACGGGCCAUACCAUACGUAUAAUUGUGUAUAUAUAUCAUUAUUACAUAUCUCCAAUAGUCUAUGUCUAUAAGGUCAAUCUAAUUGGUAUCGAGCCCGUGAGAAUUUCCCGGAAGUAUAACUCCGUGAAUUUAGGAUGCCACCUGUGCCGACUUCUGAUGUCUCGAGCGAUCUCACCAUCGAAGUCGGGACAGCGAGCUUCGCACUUCAUAAAUUUCCGUUGGUUUCUCGGAGCGGGAGGAUUCGAAAACUACUGCUGGAAUCGAAGGACGCGAAAGUAUCGAGGUUAAAUCUGUCAGGAAUUCCCGGAGGGUCUCACGCAUUCGAGCAGGCGGCAAAGUUCUGCUACGAGGUCAAUCUCGCCGUUACCGUCGCCAACGUCGCGUCGUUGCGUUGCGCGUCACAUUUUCUCGAAAUGACGGAAGAGCUCUCCGAGAAGAAUCUGGAAGCACGGACGGAGUCGUAUUUAAAAGACAUGAUCCUCCCGAGCAUUCCAAACUCCGUUUCCGUCCUCCAUCACUGCGAAAGCUUGCUGCCGAUUGCUGAGGAGAUCAACCUCGUCAAUCGGCUGAUUACGGCGAUAGCCAACAAUGCCGGGAAAGAGCAGCUCACGUCGGGGCUUUCGAAGCUCGAGCAUAAUUUCCCGUCGAAACCCGACGCAGAGACAUUGCCGUCGAGCUGGUGGGGGAAGUCGCUCGCUGUUUUGAGCCUCGAUUUUUUCCGGCGGGUGGUGUCGGCGGUGAAGACGAAGGGGCUGAAGCAGGACUUGAUCGGAAAGAUUCUGAUAAACUAUGCGCAGAAUUCGCUCCGUGGACUCGGGCAGACGGCGAAAGGGAACGUUUCUGAUCCCGAUUUGCAGAAGAAGCAGCGGGUCACGGUCGAGACAAUUGUCGGCCUAUUGCCAACGCCGUCGAGGAGGAGCGCGGUCCCGAUGGGUUUCCUGUCGAGCCUGCUGAAGCAUGCGGUCGCGACGUCGGCGUCGACUUCGUGCAAAUCGGAUCUGGAGAGGCGGAUCGGUCUGCAGCUCGACCAGGCUAUACUCGAGGAUAUUCUGAUUCCCGCGAGCCACGGGAGCAGCCACACCCCGAUGUAUGACGCGGAUUCGGUGCUGAGGAUCUUCUCCAUCUUCUUGAAUCUCGACGAGGAUGACGACGACGACGACGGCGUCGACAACGAGGGUAAUCACCCGUUGAGAGACGAAGCUGAGACGGUCUACGACUUCGACAGCCCCGACUCCCCGAAGCAAAGCUCGAUCAUUAAAGUCUCAAAACUUUUGGACAACUACCUCGCCGAAGUCGCGCUCGAUUCGAACCUGACCGCGUCGAAGCUAAUCGCCCUCGCGGAAUUGCUCCCGGACCAUGCUCGUAUGGUCUACGACGGGCUAUACCGUGCCGUCGACAUCUUCCUCAAGGUUCAUCCGAACAUGAAGGACUCGGAGCGGUACCGUCUCUGCAAGACGAUCGACUGCCAGAAGCUUUCGCAAGAAGCAUGCAGCCACGCGGCGCAGAACGAGCGUCUCCCAGUCCAGAUGGCGGUCCAGGUGCUCUACUUCGAGCAAAUCAGGUUACGGAACGCGAUGAACGGCGUCGGGGGGCACAGCCAGUUCUUCUUCGGAGGAUCGAUGAACGGAGGGCAGUUCCCUCAGAGGUCCGGGAGCGGCGCGGGGAGCGGGUGCAUCUCGCCGCGGGACAAUUACGCGUCGGUGAGAAGGGAAAACCGGGAGCUGAAGCUGGAAGUCGCGAGGAUGAGGAUGAGGCUUACGGACCUCGAAAAGGAUCACGUUUCGAUGAAACAGGAGCUCGUGAGAUCGCACCCCGCGCACCGGCUGUUCAAAUCGUUCACGAGGAAGCUGAGCAAGCUCAACUUCUGGUUCCGAUUCAAAGACAUGAAGGUCGCCGGCGGCAAGGCGAGCUCCGAAAGCCGGUUUCUUUUUCAGAAACGACGGCGACAUUCGGUAUCAUGAGUUCAUCUCUACACCACUCCGUGUCAUACCAACAUUUAUAUAUAUAUAUAUAUGAUAUGAUAUGAAUGUACAGAAUUGAAGAGUGUAUAGGAGGAUUUACUUAGCUAUGGUGUUUCUGGUUUUGUUUGGUUUUCAAAGUGUGUUCUUACGUACGUUGUGUUUUGGAUUGGUUCAUAUUAUUUAUUUUAUGCUAAAUU